CCCAUAUUAGUUCCCAGCAGUUCAGCCAUGUUUGAUGGCAAUGUCAACAAGUGAUUCGGCUAGAGAAGCUCAUCGCGUGAAUAAGCCUCCAAAUCCACCUUUUUGAGGCCAGAUGCCUCCUUUUAGAUCUUACUUGCUGGAAAAGGAGUGAUUUCCGCUUGGUGCGGAUUGCUUUGCGUUGGAAUAACUAGAGCUUGGGUUUGCAGGCAAGAUGGGCGAGCGACAGAGGCGAGAAAAUCUUGAGCGUUACGUCCGAGAUCCUCGGAAUGAACUGUAUAUCGAAGGGCUUUUGGUAAGUCGAUUGAUGCUCAAUUGAACUGUCAUACUGUCAGGUUACUCAAUAUUUUAACUGCUCUGUUUCGUUUGCCAGGACGGGAUUCAAUCGUUGGUCUGUGAUUGUGACUUCCCUGCCCUCAGACGCAACAAAAACGUCGAAAACUUCCUUCAAAGAUGUGAGUUUUAAAGUUUAGCUGUUGUGAUAUUUGCUUUUGACAGCUCUUGAAGCUCAAGUCCUGACGUUGGUUUAAUUGCCUUUCAGAUGAGAAGCCCAGUAAAGUAAUCGAAAGCUGCCGUAUGAAUGCAGGCGACUUUCAGGUUGUGAAAGUCAUUGGUCGAGGUGCAUUUGGCGAAGUACAGUUGGUAAGCCACUGGCACAUAACAACGAAAUUGUCUGGGUUGUUUGGGACUUUAUUGACAGUUUAUAGUUGUCUGUGAGCAAUUCUUCUCGUUAACUUUAUAUUAAUUUUACAGUUUUUUGUCUGCCAGCUAAAUUUCCGUCCUUUGCCUCUCCAUAAACGUAAUUUCCUUUGCUAAUGUGGUAGCAGAUGAUUCCUUGAGGCUUGAAAGCUCUCGAAUAUUUAAACGAUACCAUGUUAUUGAGUGCGGGCUUUAUGAUCGCUAAGAGCUGUUUUGUCUAGUGAAAUAGCUGAAAAAUCACUCUUUAUUUCUUCUUUUCAGGUAAGGCAUAAGGCGACCAAAAUGGUUUAUGCGAUGAAACUUCUCAGCAAAUUUGAGAUGGUAAGUCGCUAGAUAACUCAUAUUAAUAGCGCAUGUUCUACUCUUGUCCCUUAUGGACUCGUUUUUAUGUAUGAUUUGACAUUUAUAAAACUGCAUACCAUAGAAACCCCGAAAAAUAAUACAAAAUCACGUUCCUCGUUCGGUACAUCUAUAGGUAUGUGAGGAAGCUGUGCACUGUUUUAGACGCGUGUUUGUUCGUGAUAUUUUUGUGGUAAAUUCGCUUGUCCGGUAGCUAUGCUUCUCGUCCAAAUGUAGCUAAUUUCUAACUGUCAUGCACAUUUUCCUGAUAUAACGAAGUUAGAUCCCCAACAAGGGGGUAAUCCCUUCUUUUUAAAAGCUGUGGUUUUAUGAACAAACUGUUAAUUAAUGUAGACUUUUUGAAAAGUACCGCUGCGCUUUUAUCCUCGUACCAAAAUUUACAUUUUCGCGGAUGGUUGUUGUUGUCCGUUAGUACAGUUGUUCGCUAUGUUGUAAUGAUUUCUCUACCAGUGUACAUUAAAACUGGUCUUAUAUAUAUUGACCUCCAACAACGAGCAUAUUUGUUUGCCAAGAGUUCAGGAUUAGUCUUUAACGUUGUAAACAAAUUAGCGAAAAAAUCACCCUUAGUUUCAAUUCUUGAGAUGCCUUGGACAAUUUCGGAAUGUUGAUUUAUGCUAUUUAUUGUUGAUUUUUCUGUUCUGCUACCCGCAAGUCAAAACCUUGUGUGUUGGUUGCUCUUUUUAAUUCUUUCUACCCAACUGUCGCUGUUAAUUGCUAUUCAUAUCGAAUCUUACAAAGGUUAGGCAACUGCAAAAUAUAUCAUGGUGUAAAAAAGUUAAUAUAAAAAAAUCCUGUUAAUGAGCUUAUUAGUACUCUGUAGUGAAAAAUUGUUUGCCAAGACAGUAAACAUGUCUUAGGAGUUCCGAGAUAGGUCAUGAAUUUUUGUGAGCCCCUCAGAUUAUCUGGCAAAAGUGAGUUAAGUAUUUUUUUUGUGACCACAUCAAUAGUAAGAAAAGAGAAUAGAAAUCUUCUAAAUCAGCCAAAUUUAUAAGUACUUCAUAAAAAAUUGUUUUCAUUGGUCAUUAAACAUGUGUUAUGGGUUACAAAUCAAUCAUAAAUCAAUAAUAAUUCUUUACAAUGAAAAGGUAAAAGCUCAGUGAGUGGAACUGAAAGUGAGGUGUUACUAAACCAAUUAAUUUGGCAUGUUUUAAUUUAAGUGUUGAGUGAAAUUUCAGUCAUUAAUAUAUUUGCUUUAUAGGAUUUAACACAUGACAGAUUGUAGAACAGACACAACCAAACUCUUUUUAUACUAGAUAAAACAGAAAAGGUUCACUUUUAAAAGAGAUUUGGCUUAAAGGAGAAAACCUGGUGGACAAAUUACCAAAAACUCUUUUAUAACCCAAUGUUGCACAUGAAGUUAAAUGUCAGUGUAUCCAUUGUAACCCUUUGGUAACCCAUAAAGGUGAAAGCAGUCAAGUUAAUUUCUUUAAUUAGUUUUUGUUCUUUGUUUUGCCUUGUUUUCACCCACAGUGUAAUAAACUUUACCGUGGGUCACCAAUAACUGCUAGUUGUAGAUAUUCUCUGUUCUUAAAAUUUCAUCUUUAAGUCUUGGUUUGGUGGCCAAGUUACCUAAACAGUUCAGUUGUUUCGCUGCUCACUUACACAGCAUUUCAGUCAGUCUCUUUUGGAACUAACCCCUUUUAGGGUCAGGCACUGCUCAUUUAACUCUGCUAUUCGGGUGGUCUACACUCUGCAUAGGCCAUUCCUAAUAUUGCUGUUACUUUACUUAGUACCUUAAAAAUUGAUUUCAUUUGCUCCGUUGGAGGUUAGACAGUCACUUACAAGGCUGAAUGCAAAACCACAUUUGUAUAGUCUAUGAUGUGCCUGAUAGAGAUAGUUUCUUGAUCGUGGAAUUUUCUUGGAGUUGUUUUCCCUUAUUUCCAUCUUUACCCUUUUUAUAUUUUGUCGCAGAUCAAGAGGUCUGACUCUGCAUUCUUUUGGGAGGAACGUGAAAUUAUGGCCCACACAACAAGUCCUUGGAUUGUGAAGGUAAUGUUCACAUUUUGCUUUCUUAUUUAGACUGUAGUCAAUCUUGAUUUCAGUCAUAACUAUUCCUAUGACUUUUUGUUUUCAAUGUUACAAGGGUCUUAAACUGCACAGUGCUAUGAUGUGAGAGGAGACAUGUUCUCAGUGGAUAACCUUUGCUAAUCUAGAGUCCCAUUGAGCUAGCAUCAUUACAUUGCAAUUUAUCUGAUUGGAAAGCAGCAUGACAUUGAAGUUUAUUUUUUCAUGGGAGAUAGAGUGUAUGUGCAAUGCAGAAGAGAGUUUCCUAGAAAGAUUAUUAUUUCACCUUGAAUGGUUAAAAAAUCCUUAAUAUGACAAAAGGUUUGACAAACUGGACAUUUUGAUGCUUUAUGUCAAUUAAGUUUGACUUCUGAAUCAACCGUCGAACUUAUGUCAUUUUGGUGGACCUAAAUAGGUAUUACGUUGGUAUAGACAGGGUUGUCACUAAGAUUUCAAGUUGCCGGGUAAAUACAACAAGUUGGCGGGGAAUCAAACAGCUAGCGAUUUCUUUUGGUGCUAUUUUUUUCUAUUUUCCAAUAAAAGUAGCCGGGUGCCACUCUCUUAGUAGCCGGGGAAAAUCCCCGGCCCCCGGCUCUUAAUGACAACCGUGUAUAGAGCUCCAGGAAAUAAACUGUAGUAUGUCCAUGCAGGAGCUGUGAAUAAUCAGAUUAAGAUCAACAGACUGCCAUACAGUAUAACAUCUGCUUUAUCGUGCUUGCUUUAUGAUACAUACACAUCAAUAAUACAAACAAGUGUUGAUCAUGGGACGUCAUUUAAAGUAAACAGUCAAUUUGUAUGGUAAAUUUAAUACUAGCUUUGUUGAAACCGAUGACAGCCCUUGUUGCAAAUGGUGUUAUAGCACACCCCAAUAGUAGUAUGUUGGUGUUUUCAUAUACUGGUUUAUGUACUCUCAAUUGGGAAUUAAAAAAAGAAAAUUCCUUAGAAAUGCGACUAGUGUCUUUCCAGUGAGCACAUCUUGUUUGUUUUCAUGAAAACAAUAACAUAUUAUUAUAGUUAUUGUUUCCAUGAAAUAACAAGACUACUCUGACCAUUGCUUACAAAUCGUGAAUUACACUGUUCUCCACCUGAAAUUCAACACGGAAAUGAUUAUUUUUUGCAGUUACACUAUGCCUUCCAGGAUGCUAAAAAUUUGUAUAUGGUCAUGGAUUACAUGGCAGGUCAGUAAUUAAGAAUGUGAAUAAAUUUUCUUCUUUGAGUGAAAAAACUGAAUGUGAAUGUGCCAGUCAAUUCCAGCUAUGCUCAUGCCCCACCUCCCCCCCCCCCCCCCCCCCCCCCCCCCCCCAUGUUCUCAGUGGAUAACCUUUGCUAAUCUAGAGUCCCAUUGAGCUAGCAUCAUUACAUUGCAAUUUAUCUGAUUGGAAAGCAGCAUGACAUUGAAGUUUAUUUUUUCAUGGGAGAUAGAGUAUAUGUGCAAUGCAGAAGAGAGUUUCCCAGAAAGAUUACUAUUUCACCUUGAAUGAUUAAAAAAUCCUUAAUAUGACAAAAGGUUUGAAAGACUGGACAUUUUGAUGCUUUAUAUCAAUUAAGUUUGACUUCUGAAUCAGCCGUUGAACUUAUGUCAUUUGGGUGGACCUAAAUUAUUAUGUUGGUAUAGAGCUCCAGGAAAUAAACUGUAGUAUGUCCAUGCAGGAGCUGUGAAUAAUCAGAUUAAGAUCAUCAGACUGCCAUACAGUAUAACAUCUACUUUAUCGUGCUUGCUUUAUGAUACAUACACAUCAAUAAUACAAACCAGGGUCCGAAAUUAACUUUUUAAUACGGGCGCCAGCAGGCAAUCAAGUAUAAAUUUUUGGUCGCCAGAGGGCAAAUUGUGGUCGCCAAAAAUUUCCCCUCCCUUUUUUUCAAAUAAAAGUUUAAUCACGAAUAAAAAAUGCAUGGUACGGACGUUUUUAUGCUCAAUGCGAGUGAAGUCUUAUUUUCUCCAUAAAUUACUUUUUGUAGAUAUAAAGCUAUCUGACCUAGAACGUAGGAACAGAAAGCUGUCUGCCCCUGACUGCACUGAUCAUAUCAAAACUCUAUUUUCUUCCGAUAACUACCACGAAACACGAAACAUAGACAUGAGUCAAGCUGCCAUGUUGCUCGUACCAGGCCAAACUGUUCCACCUUACUCGUACCAGUCGACAAAAUACAUAACGUACUUACCGUAUUUUAGCUGAAAACAACAUGGCGGCGUGGAAAAUUCACAACUUGUAUUGAUCGUAGCUAUUGUGGAGGUAUUAUUACAGGAAGAUUCGUUUCACUUUUAAUUAGAAAACAUCAGCAGGACAAAAAGGAAGACACCUGUUGGCAAACAGCUUCGAAGUUUCAAUUCUUAAUCAGUUUCUCCGAACGUUAAAGUCCACAAUAACAACCAGCUUUACAAGUCGCUAGCUGGCGACCAGCUAUGAAAUUUUGGUCGCCAGGACUAAAUUUUCAGUCGCAUUGGCGACCAGGAAGGCGCAAUUUUGGACCCUGCAAACAAGUGUUGAUCAUGGGACGUCCUAUAAAGUAAACAGUCAAUUUGUAUGGUAAAUUUAAUACUAGCUUUGUGAAACCAAUGACAGCCCUUGUUGCAAAUGGUGUUAUAGCACACCACAAUAGUAGUAUGUUGGUGUCUUCAUAUACCGGUCAAUGUACUCUCAAUUGGGAAUUAAAAAAAGAAAAUUCCUUAGAAAUGCAACUAGCGUCUUUCCAGUGAGCACAUCUUGUUUGUUUUCGUGUAAACAAUAACAUAUUAUUAUAGUUAUUGUUUCCAUGAAAUAACAAGAGUACUCUGACCAUUGCUUACAAAUCCUGAAUUACACUGUUCUCCACCUGAAAUUCAACACGGAAAUGAUUAUUUUUUGCAGUUACACUAUGCCUUCCAGGAUGCUAAAAAUUUGUAUAUGGUUAUGGAUUACAUGGCAGGUCAGUAAUUAAGAAUGUGAAUAAAUUUUCUUCUUUGAGUGAAAAAACUUGAGCAUUGAUGGGGAAAAUGCCAGUCUAUUCCAGCUAUGCCCAUGCCCCUCCUAACCCUAAACUCCUCUCUCCCCCCCUCCCGUGAUAACCCCUGGGCAUUUGUUUUGGUAAAUGUGACAUCUUCAGCAGUAUUUCAUUCUGGUCUUUGCUACAUAAAGUUAAGUGUGGGCAUGAUCAUCAUGUUUAAGCCUUCUUGAACAUUUACCUUAGCAAGACUUUUUUCUGUAGGUGGUGAUUUAGUAAACCUUAUGAGCAACUAUGAUAUACCUGAGAAGUGGGCCAAGUUCUAUGGUGCUGAAGUUGUGUUAGCAUUGGAUGCCAUCCAUGGCAUGGGAUUUAUUCACAGGUAUUCGAGGUUAACUUCUUGAAUAAAUUAACAGCUAGAAAGUCUACUUAUAUAUUACUUGGCCUCUCUUAUGAUAGUAUUGAUCGAGAGAAUUAGAAUUUGAUUUCCGUUUAAUUUUGAUUCAACCUACAAUCAGGGACAAAAGUAGUUGACACACUUGUUUAAAACAGGUGCUUUUAACAAACAUUUAAUUCAUCUAUUAUUUCAUUCUUUUUAAACGCCGUAAAUCCCCUCACCCCCCGAAUCAAUGUUGUCUGAAGUAAAAAAAAGACUCGAGGGUCCAAAAUUCAACAUUGAUUUUGGGGGGGAAGGGGUUGGGGUAGACAGGGGAAGGGGAUAAGAAUAUGCACUAUGCAAAAAGGGGCCAUUUUACUGAAGUGUGUCAACACUUUUGUCCCUCAUUGUAGGUUGAUUCUCAACUUCCUUUGUUUGCUAGCUUUAGUAGACAAAGGAAGUUGAGAAUCAACCUAGGUUAACAAAUUUUAACCUGAUAAAAAAUUUGACCUGUAACAUGUUCAGCAAAAUUGGUCCUAAAAAUUUGAAACUAAUCACUCUGUUUUUUUUUAAACAGAGAUGUGAAACCAGACAACAUGCUACUAGAUAAACAUGGCCAUCUCAAGCUUGCAGAUUUUGGAACAUGCAUGAGGAUGGACAAGGUUGGAGCUUGUAAUAUUUCACUUUGAUUAUAAAAAUUUUAAGAUGGAAUCCACAAGGAAAUUCAGUAAUUUUAAUUUUCAGUGGGAAAAACCUUGUACCAGAAUAAUUUGAAGCAUAUUGCAUUCAUUUUUCAAGGGCUAAAGAUGUAAUUAGUCAUCUGUAGUAAUACCAAAGAAAAUUUUCUUUCGUGUUACUACAGAUGACUAAUUACAUCUUUAGCCCUUGAAAAAUGUAAAAAAGAAUGCAAUAUUCUUUAAAUUAUUCUAGAAGAAGGUUUUUGUCCACUGAAAAUUAAAAUUACUCACUUUCCUGGUGGAUUCCGUCUUAAACAUUUUGCUGGAAAUUUGGAAUAACAAUGCAAUAAUGCCAUCAAAUUGAUGACAGAAUUUCUUACUGCGCAAUUAAUGUUUAAAGCUUACUUGCCCCAUGGACAAGAGUCGUGGCAAGCCAUCUUCUAACAAAAUCAUUAACUGUGAAGAAGAAGAAUCAUUAACUGUGAAGAAGUGGCCUUGGGCAAGGGAAAUGACUAGAGAGCUGGGUGCCCAAAGUACAAGCUAAAAUUCAAGGUUUUUUUAGCCCUGCUGUUUACAUGAAGGGAGGAAGAUCCCAAUCAUAGAGGGCAGAACAACUUUUUGUUAAGAAACAAACAAACAAACAUGAAAUUUGACAGUGCUUACUAGCAUUAAUAACUUCCUCUUAACAAAAGCUGGCUGGGGCUUGUCUCUCACCACAUUUAGGAGAUCUAGUGUGCAGAGUUUUUGACAUUGUUUGUUUAUUGAUUGCUCACUACUUUACAUGGUGUACAUGGUUUACAUGGCUGUUGUUGAACAAUACAUAUUUCUUUUAGCCUUUGUUGUGCCUUAAAAUAGAAGGACUUUAUUUUAAUAUCAGUAUACUGUAAUACAGAGUUUUGAAGUCUGUCUUCAGAUUAACUGUCUGGUUACAUAACCAUCCCAAGCAUUUUCAAUUUCAGACUCAUUUUUUUUUUUAAUUGAGACUCAUUGGUUCUGGACUGGGACUCAUGAUUUUUCUCAAGAUGAGACCCAUGACUCAUCAUAACUAUUUGUAACAAAAUUACUGAGCCUGAAUACUGAGAACUUGUAGCCAAACAUUCAUUGCUCAUAUGCAUAUAGGAAUGCAUAUGAGCAUAUUUAAAUACCGUAAAAUUCCGAAAAUAAGCCCCGGAGCCUAUAUUUUUCAAAGGCCCUUUUUGAGGGGCUUAUUUUUGGAUGGGCCUAUAUUCGGAGGGGCUUAUGUACGGAGGGAAGUUUGCGUUUCAAAAUCAAUUGGGCUAGCUUAUAGUUGGAAGGAAAUUUACUGUUUUUGCUUUGUUUUACUUUCUAUUUGAGGGCAAUUUUCCAAGUACAAGCCCCCGGGUGGCUUAUAUUCGGAGGGGCGAUUUCACGGAGGGUUUUUUGUCAUGAGUUUGUGGGGCUUAUAUUUGGAGGGGCUUAUACAUGGAGGGGCUUAUUUUCGGAAUUUUACGGUAGUUGAUUCAUUAAUGGAAUCUAUACAGGUACGCUUGACCUGGUGUGGCUAUAAAUAUGUACCUUAUCCUCCUAGUGCAACUCAGUUUUAUUGUUCACAAGGAUCGUCCUGUCUCCCAGCUACAGCUAUGGAAGAUUUUAGUACUAGAAAAAUCUUACAUGUAGUUCUAGGGCUAAGUACAACCUUUUGCACGUAGACUGAAAGAAGAAAUCAUAAAAAUGAUGUAGCCCUAGGAUGUUCUACCUUAUUGGAUUUUUCAUCCUUCAGGUAAACAGUCCCUUAAUCAAAGUGAAUAACCUUAACAUUCACAAAUUCUUAACUUGUGACACUUGUAGGAUGGUAUGGUGAGAUCAGACACAGCAGUGGGAACACCAGAUUAUAUCUCUCCUGAGGUAAGGAGUUUGUGCAAAAUACACCCACAGUUGAUGUUAUUAGUUGAGAGACUUAGUCGUAAACGGCCUUUCUGACUUUUUGCUGACUUAAAAAGGGAAAAAUUAAGCUUUCCCUCCCCCAAGAACUUCAUGCAUUGUUGUACAGCUUUUCAACCUACGAACAUCCCAACUUAUGGAAUGUUUUGUUCUCCAAAGUUACCUUGUUUGAGGACAAUGUCUCUCAACAAUUUUUUCACGGAUUGUAGGUUUGCACUGUAAAUCUUUCUUUCUUUUUUUUUUUUUAAGAAAGUAGGCAGAUAAUGGAUCUUAAACUUCAGUUUUAUAUUUGCAGCUUUACUCUAAAGCUACCUGUACCUCUGUCUGGUGUUGUUUCUUUUUGAUGAACGUUUAUCUAUUUUAAUCCUGAGUUGCGUUGUUUCAUAGGUACUCAAGUCCCAGGGUGGGGAAGGUUACUAUGGCCGUGAGUGUGACUGGUGGAGUGUAGGAGUCUUCUUAUAUGAGUUGUUAAUUGGUAAGUUUGAUAAUUAGCUCUAAAUGAUUGCCUUGCCAUUUAAACUUUUUGUUCUCAAUCAACCACCCAUUCUUUAAAAGGUAAUUUUUUAAACCAACAUGUUUAUUUAUUUCCUCUAAGGUGAUACACCAUUUUAUGCAGAUUCAUUGGUAGGAACGUAUGGUAAGUACAACAGAAGAAUGCUUGUUAGCAGUCAGUGAAUUUAUACAGUUAUUGAAUAAUGCUAAUUUUGGCACAUUCGAAAAUUAGCCAAAUAUCAUAAGGAUGUGUUUGCCCAGAGCCCUUUAUUCUUUUCUCUGAACCUGUUAUGAAAAUAGAUUUCUUAACUUACAAAAUUCUUGUAAUAGUUUGUCUUACCUUUUUUUUGUAGGAAAUAUUAUGGACCAUAAAAAUUCACUUAAGUUUCCUGAUGAUAUUGAAAUUUCAAAGGAUGCCAAGCAUUUAAUUUGUAGCUUUCUUACAGACAGGUAAGCUAACAACUAACAUUAACCAUCAAUUCUCAUUUUCAGGGAUUUCAUCUUAAGAACUGUGUUUUCUAAUAUAAGUUUCUAUGAAUACUUUGUAGAACCCAAAGAAUUGGACAGAAAGGAAUAGAGGAAAUUCAGAGGCAUAGAUUUUUCAUCAAUGACCAGUGGGACUGGAACAGCAUUCGCGAAGGUAAUGUUCAGUAAUUCCUUUCCUGUGACUGCUAUUUAUGGCUGUGCUCCAGCAGUGCCCAGUGGCAUGGCUUCUUACUUUUUCUCAUUGGUGACUAGGAAAUCCUGGUUUUUUCAUUAAAAUCCAAUGCAGGGUGCCCUGGAAUUUGCAGGUUUAGAGCGAUUUUCCAUAAGGCACAGCCUUGGCAGUUAGCUUGAAGGGAGGGGUUAUGAGAUAUGUGUACAUUCACUGAGGGUGCAACCUGUGGUGAAUAAUGACAUCACCACAAGCAGAAAGCCUGAUAAAUGGCUUAUUUAUUUUUGUACUGGUGUGAAAAAAAUGUUUCAACUGUUCACCUUGUUUGGUGAUAUUCGUGGCAUUAACAAGUCUCUAGGCUUUUUAAUGAUAUCUGGCGCCAUACAUGUUACUUUAACUCGGGGGCAUGAAUGUCAAUAUUGUUAUUUUAUUAUAACAGGGGUUGAUAUAUUAAUAACUAUUUAGAGUCCAUGCUUAUCAAGUUUAUGUGUAUUAAUGAAUAAAUUACUACAGCAAUUCCCCCUGUGGUUCCUGAGCUCUCAAGUGAUGAUGAUACUACACACUUUGAUGACAUUCCUGAACCUGACAGUGGAGAGGAGUUCUUUCCCACCCCAAAGGUACGUGAUUCAGUUAUGAUAGUUGCAUAUCCUCCUAAGCUAUAUGGCCUGACAAGUGAAUGAGUGAACAGGCACCAAAUGUAAAGCUGUAAUUUUCUCUGAAAGACCAAAUUUGCCUUUUAUCCAUGAGAACCGUCUUUUGAACAGUGAAACUUGCUUGUCGAUAAGUUUCAACAUUUUUGCUGAAUUCCUUGGGCAUGGUUUUUUUUCUUUCAUUGUUUAACCUAGAGCAAGUCUCACUUUUAUUCACUUUUAAUUUGUUUUAUGAUUUCUUCACAUUUACAUGUAUUUCUAGUACAGCUGUAGAAAUUUUCAUGUGUUCAGUUGAGAGCUGCAAGUGUUGUGUAUAAGAAUUUAAUGGUACUAAAAAUGGAGGAAUUUUGUUCCUGUCAUGCACACAUUUGUAUUUGUAUUUAUUUAUUUGCCACACAAUUACAAUUAGUAACAAAAAGAUGCCAAAAAAAAAAUGUAGGAAGAAAUGGCGAGGAGGCCUAAAGGAAACUAUAAAGCUUAUGUUAAUUAGGCCUCCUCAUUUACACUGUAUCUGAGAAAUUAGUGGUCAAUAAAUUUCAGUUAUUUUAAAAAAUGACUUAACCACAAAUUUCCAUUGUUUACACUCUUUAAAUUGAUCAUAGAAGUGGUAUCAAAAUGUUCAAAAUUUGAAAAGCUUGACAUCAUCUCUAUGAUCUCUACGAUUGUGUGGUGCUAAGGCAGUGACCACUUUUGGUGAUUUGCUGUUACUCCACACAGGCUUUUGCUGGGAAUCAUUUACCAUUUGUAGGAUUCACAUACUCUGAAACUGUUAGGUAAGGAAGAAAAAAUAAUUCUUCAGCUAAUUUUUGCUUUCUGUUAAGAAGGCAACGUGGCUGAGUGGCGAGUAGGUCAGGCUUGCAAUCAAAUGGUCCUAGGUUGGAGACCUUCUCUGACUAUCGGGUGGAUUUGUUUCUUGGUAAUCCCAAGUCCAAAUCCUUCAAUAUUUUUGUCAUUAACAGAGUAAGAGAAAAAUUUUCUUAUCCACUUGUCCCGUGGUUGUCCAAAACCCAAGAGUUCUUGUCCAAAAUGUUUUGCCAGGUUCCUAAGCCAAAUGGAGCUCAUUCAAACAAAUGAAAUGGCCAUGUUAUGGCAAAGUUAAAAGGAUUUUUAACCUCAUUUUGUCAAGUAUGAGGUUUGCUUUUAUGACUACAAGAUAAAUUUUAAUUCUACUGUAAUGUGAGGUCAAUUUUCAACUGUUUCAGUAUUUUUUCUAUUGAAGAUGUGCUUGUCCCAGGGACAAGUCAUGUCAAAGGUUUGCAUGUCCGGACUAAAUUUGUACCUGUCCCGGACAAUCAGACAUAGGUUUGGCUCACCUUGCAUUAACCAACUUGUUUCCUCCUGCCAGUUGGGGUUUUUAAUCGCGUCAUGUUAGUUUGUGUCAAAUGCCUGUAAACUAGAUGGUGCAGCCAAGUACAGUGCAAAUCCACAACUCACUUGUGUGUCUUUUUUUGUUAGGUGGAAUGCUGCAUCGAACAAGGGUUGUGAUGGCAUGGUGAGGAUGGUAAAAAGAACAAUCCUUUGUUCAUACGUUUGAUUUCCUUUUUGCUGUGGUAAUGAGUGAUCCCAUGAAAACAGAGCGCUUUCUUUUUUUUUAUUAGGAUGGCAAUCAGUCUGGUGGUGGAGAUGAAAGUGGUCCAAAGGUAUGUGUUGUUUUCUCCUGUCCAUCUACAUUUGCAAGUUUGGUACUGUUUUACACUUGCUUAGGACACCUUGUAUGCGAUGAACAACCCCUGUAAGUUAGACACACUUUGCAGGGCCAAAAAAAUUCUGUUCAUUUCACUUGUCCAAUGGACAAGCACUUUUGAGGCCCAGAAAAAAAAAAGACAAGACAAAAUAAUGGUAAUAAUAAUAAGGGUGGUGAUGAUGAUAAUAAUAAUAAUAUUAAUAAUAACAAUAAAAUAAACUUUCUGUAUGUCCUUGUUUUUAUCUGUCUUCUUCAAAGUGAAACUCAUGGCAUUGACUUUCAAAACAUUUUUUUUCCCAAUAUUUAUUUGGAAAGUUGUUUUGUGCUAGUGUAGAAGCAAGUAUUCUGACUAAAAUCAAAAUUUGUGAUGCAGUAGAAAGCAUUACUGGUUGGUUUUAAUGUAGCAGGUUUUAACAAUCAUUUUAUAAUUAUUUUGUAAUCAGCUUGAAGCAGCCAGUCGUCGAAUAAAAGAGCUGGAGGAACAAGUUGCAUUAGAAAUGCAAGCUAGAGAUGAAGUGGAACAUAAUUACAGGUCAGGCUAGCUAUCAUUUUGAAGUCUAGAUAGUGAUGAAGUUAGUUUAAUCCUGAACUGGAUAACUGGUGGCCUUUGGUUUUGAUAAACUUGACAUACCUUGCUGACAGUUUCCUCUGCUUGUAGAACUGUCAGCACCAAACUGGAAAAAGUCAUGAAAGAAUUAGACAAUGAGGUGAGAAUUUUUACGUGUGUACGCAUUGUAUAAAUAGCCAAGCAUAAACGUAUAAGUCUAGUGAGGUUCAACUUUAACGUUUAGGCAUGACUUUCCAUAUAUUGCCUUUAUUUUAUUUACACAAUAAAGAAUUGUGUAACAGUGGAAAUCUGUCUUUUCUCCCAAGUUGAGUAAAGGUUUGUGACUCAUUGUAAGCCAAAUCAGAUUUGUUCUUAAUUGGCAUUAUGCAAAUGUUGCGUACUGCAAAUGUUGCAUGGUCAAGACCUGCCUGUAACACUUUCUCCCUAGAUAGAAAUCUGACUAUCUCAAUUUGGGUUUGUAAUUUUUUACCUUAUUUAUUUUCAGUUGGAAAAUAAGAGAACAAUAGAAUCAGCAAAUAGAGAACUGGAGAGAAAAGCUGCACUAUUCAAACAUGACUUAAAAGAGGUAGGUAAUUUAUCUUGUGUGGUUUGUUCUUAACUUUGUUGUUUUGCAUCAUUUCUAACAUUAUUUUCUUUAUUAUAUUUAAUGUUGAACUUGCAACAUUUUUUCUGUUUUACCCCAACAGGUGCAGAGGCGAGGCGAGUUUGAAACUGAAGCCAAGAGAAAGGUUUGUGACUGAAUCUGAUUUGUCAAAAACAACAGUUGUGUUAGUGUCUUCUUUACUUUUGGUUUACCGUGUUACAGUCCUGCUUUCACCCAUUGAAAAGUUUAAGAGGUAAUUUAUAGCACCUACAGUACUUGAGCUUUCAGUAGACUGUGCAUUUGAGACACUGAGUACUAAAAGGUGAAAUGAGUUCUUUUUGCAAUUCAAGAGGCUUUAUGCUGUUUUUCGUUAGAAUAUUCUGAAAGUUAUUCCUUAGUAUUAGCUAUGUAGUUUUAAGAAUAAUAUUUGUGAUUUUAUAAACCUUUUCAAAGCUUGAAGCCAAAGUGCAAGAAUUGCAGAGUCGCCUUGAUGCUGAACUAGAUGCUCGAGACAAAAUAUCCCAGACUUCACACAGUGUACAGUCAAAGAUUACUCAACUGGAGAAACAGGUUUGGGACCUGACAGAAGAGCUGAAAAAGGAGUCAGAUGCACAUGCCAAAACCAAAAAAUCACACAGUGAUUUACAAAAGGUUGGAGUUUAAUGAUAUCUGCUUCCUGUGUCACUGUUUUUAUAAAGGUCUUUGAGUAAAAUGUAAGAUAAGAAUAGUGGCUGCUAAGAUUUUUGAUGAAAUCCUUACAUUCUUAGCAUCAAAGAAUUCUUCUGACUUCAUCAUAAUAUUAUUUAUUAAUGAAUUGACAAAUAUGAAAUAAAUCAUAUUUUGAACUGUGGAUAAAGAUAUGUGAGUGAACAUGAUCCUUGCAGUAGAAUGAACAAUUUAAGUGGUUGGAAAAGAACCUGAAAACUUCAGGUUUGACCAGGAUUAAUGUUUUAAUUUUGUAUCAUUAUUUUUGAAUCUGUGCAGGUGAAUAAAGGUUGAGUUAAUUGAGUUAUUGUUAUGGUCAGUUUGUUUGCUAUAGAAUGUAUGUUACAGGAUGAAAACUGUUGAUUGCUCAUCUUAAGCUGCUAUAAUUACUGCAAUCAUUUAUGGAUCUUAAAUACCGUCAGGAUUUUAUUGUUCGUUGCAAUAAAUUUUGAAAUGUCUCCUCUAUUUUACUUAGUGAUGGUGUUUUUUUAAUUCUCUUUGUAGUCUUACACUGUAAUGGAAAGAUCUUAUGGAGAUCUACAAGACAAAAACAGGAUUAUAAGUGACCAGAAGGUAACACAAUAUCUCGAUUUAAAAGCUUCAGAUAUGUUUGCGUUUUUGAAUCUUGCUUAAAAAGUAUUUAUUCUUCAUGGGAGCAGUUUAGCUCACGGGAGGGGUGUCCGUACACAAGCUAGAGCAAUUUUGUGUGGGAAAUUUAUGUUCCUGUGUAUAUGACCCGGCAAAUGUGGAAAACUCAUUUCACUAGAAAUUGCUCUGAACAGCAGAGACAUGCUGAUGCAUAACAUCAAGGAUAGGGGACUAAGAUGCUGUAAGGGAAACUUGGAAACCACUGUCAAAUCUUAAUAUAUGUAACAACCUUUAUGCAACAAGUUGUGCACUAAAAAAAGGUUUCCAAUAUGUCAAUUUUUCUUCACCACAAAAAAGUGGUGUGUCAGUAUUCCAACAACUGCAUUUGUCAAAUAUAUAAAUGAGGGCAAAUUUACUCAACUGCAUAAAAAAUAUAUAUAUAUAUAUAUAUAUAUAUAUGCCCCUGGGCAAAAUUUCUGGUGUGAACGAGGUUCACAAAUGAAGUGAAUUACUCGAAACCUUAAUCCAGUUGCUGACUUCUAUUGUCGUUUUAAACAGCUUGGCUUAGAAAGAGAACUUAUCAAGGUCCAAGCAAAUCUUGAUGCAGAAAUGAAUAUGAGAAAUCAAGCCAACACUGCUAAAGCAGAUUUGGAAAGUGAGUAACAGUUUUCGCUUCCUUUAUGUUGUUGGUCUGGUUGGCCUGACUGUCAGACCUGGCGGCUGUGUUCUUAGCAGACUGUUAUUUGCUUACGUACAUUCACAGCAGAGCUCCACGCAUGCGAAGCCUUAUACCUAAGAAAAUUUGGUCAUCUAUCCGAGACAUUUUGGUUAUAAUGUGACCAUAUGCCCGUCCGUCCACACCACAGGGAAACCAAUGUGAAAUGUCAAACUUUCUUGCCAGUUUGGGAGCCUGUAACCUGUGUUUAACUUGAUAAUAGACAUCCAUAUUAUGGUCAAUUGACAGCUGUCAAAAUAGGGUAUCCGCUGACCAAAGUCACAUGACCGUAUCUCGGGGUCAGGUGCCAACUCAUGGAGGUGUUUUAUAAGUUUUCUGCUGACCAGUUUUUAGGUUUUAAUUGAUCACAGGCUCAAGUUUAUGUUUUCAGUCAUGUUAAAGUUAAGUAUAGAUUUGAGGAUUUCUUUGCAAUGGUGUAAAGUCUAUUGUCUGAUGUAAAUUUAGAAUGCAUAAAUGGGAGCUUCGCUUUUGGCUCUAGCUAAAUCUAUAUAUUAUAGCCUUACAUAGAUCUGAUGCAUGUAGCUGUAAGGAAAAAUGAUCAUCAGGUGCCAGGUGAACAGUCAGUUGUUGUCAUGGUAAAUGAGAUCGUUGGGAGACUGUGGUAUGUGGUGUGUUGGACAUGUCAAUGUUCAAUUUUGUCCUUGGUUUAAAUUUUGUUUUCCUUCCUUUCCAACUACAUGUAAAAGCAGAGGAAAUUANGGGGGGGGGGGGGGUGAAUAUUAUGUUGGUGAUAACUGUACUUACAAUACUACUCCUGUUGAACGGUUAUUACUUGUCUCUUUUUUCAGAGUAGAAAAGAGAUGUCAAGAGUUGCCAUAUUCCCACCGAUAUAAGCUGAAAAGGGAUUAUCAGUUAACAUCUCUUUCCCCAUUUUCCCACUUGAGGGUUGAUGAUAUGUGUUGUGGUUCAAUUUUAUCCUUGGUUUGAAUUUUGCUUUCUUUUGUUUUUGGGCAUGGUAAUAUAGGAUAAUGAGUUUGAAACUAAGAAAAAUAAAAUUUAACCAAGGGUAAAAUUGAACCACGACAUAUGCACUGUGGUAUUCAAAAUAUUUGUAACCAGCAACAUAUGUGAACGGUUUUAACUUUCUUGUGUGCUCUACUUGUAGGUCAGAACAGACUUUUAAAAGAUGACCUUGAGCAACUUAAAGCAAGAACUGCAUCAGAUGCCAGAUUACAGCAAAAACUGCAACAAGAUCUCAUUAACCUUGAAAAAGUUAGUUUAUUGUUCAAGUUAAAUUGUCUGGCGCAUGAGCUAACUCGCUCACCUCUUUGGUUAAAUCAACUGCUACCCUAGUUUGUAUUGAAUGUCUGUAUUUGAAAAAUAACUUGUUACUUUUAUCCUCGUUCACAAAACGUAACCCACGAAAGCAGAAUAGAAACCCGACGAUUGUCAUCACUUAUAAAAUUUUAUACACCCCGGAAAGCUUCACUAUUUUUUUUAGUGAAGGAGGUUAAGGCCCCCUCCCAAUCCUAAAAUCAUAAAACUUCUAACAUUUAAUAACUUGGGUCGUUUAAUGGGUAAUCACAGCAAUAAAAGCCGACCAUCUUGUUUGGCGUCACCACGAGCAGAUUAUCGUGAUAAUUCUGCUGAAAAGUAGUUUUUAACGACAGUUAAGAGAGCACAAGGGCCCAAAUGGCAUUUUUGUUUUUGUCGCCCGCCAUCUUUUUUCCUCUUCUAAUUGGUAACCUCAGGGACCGAAAUUUCUGUAUGUAUAAAACCCAACCGAAAGUUGUUCCGCCUUCUAGGAUUUUCCUAGUGCUAGGAUCUUCCUCCCUCCAUAUAAACAGUCCCUUAGAAUUUAAAAGAGGAAGACGGGUUAAUAGCUGAGCUCAAGGGACAUGAGGGUACAUUGGCCAUAAUUCGUUUAGAGGAUUACGUAUCCAACAGUUUUAACUUAAAGGGUUUCUUGUUUGUGUCUUGUCGAGAAGGGAAACUUGGUUUCUACUUCUUGCACUUAUUGUUUUGUUUGUUAUUUUUUUUUAGGCAAAGGCCAACACGGAAUACGAGCUCAAGUCGACAAAAAGCAAAUUUGAAAAGACUAUGAAUGACUAUAAGGUAUAAAUCAUUUUCUGCAUCUGUGUGAGGCCGUUUAUUUCAGUUUUUCUGAUACGUUCUUACUAUUUUAAUGGGAAAAAUCAGGAGUUGAGCAUUGGUUUUGUUCUCUCUUUCAGCAACAAAUAACUAGUUUCCAAACAGAAAAGAAUAGAUUAUCACUGACUCUGGAGGAGAGAACGGAACAAGAACGCGCUGAACAGAGCAAAACUUUGGAAAGAUUAGAGCAGGAAAUCGAGUCCAGAGGAAAGGCUGAAGCAGCUGCUGCCGAGGCUGAGAGACAGAGAUCAGUAUUAGCUGUGGAUCUUAAGGAUAUGCACCAGAAAUUUGAGAGAUUGCAGCAGGAAUACAAUGCUGUUCUUGAUACGGUAAACACCAGAAUGCGGCAAUCUUGCACCGCAAGACUGACACGCACAACAGAGCUGCAAAUAAAACUUAUCAUUGGAUAGUGUUCGACUAAAUUGGCCCAUUUUCGAGAAAAUAAGGACCUUAAGAUCAGAGGACAACAACGGUGGCGAAAAUGUCGCUUAAAAAGUUAAUUCAUGCUCGCUAAAUCUUCAUCGCGAUUAUUCCAACUCGCUUGGUCAAAAUGGACGAACUCUCCUGGCAUUGAAGUCCUAAGAAACAUAUCCAAGUUCGGGAAGAGAAAGAACAUUUCGUCGUCGCUUGAUUAUGACCUCCAGUCCAUACAACGUGAAAAUAUGCAUUUUUACGUCGUAGUCGUGCAAUGUCGGCAAAAAAAUGUUCAAAAAACUAUGAUGCUUGUGUAAAACUUGUCGUCUGCAUAUUUAACGUAUUGCAUUUUUGACGUUCUUGUUGCUGUCGCCUUCGUCGGAUUUUGAAGUCCCUGAAUCCUACCUGCGAUCGGACACGAUGAACAGUCCAAUUAAAUACCCAAGGCCAUCAUGUUGUAGCUGAAGAUUUCCAUAAUUAUUAAAGAAAUUAAAAGUCAACUUAACUGUUGUCAAACAAAUUCUGGUUCGUCUGACAAAAAAUGGUCAUUUGGUCGGAUAUAAGGAAGAUUAUUUGCAGGCCUGCACAGGCAUCAUAGAAUUUUUAUCAUCUCCGGUAUCGUCAGGUUGUCGUUCAAGCCGCUGUAAGCCCCAGNGAUAUGCACCAGAAAUUUGAGAGAUUGCAGCAGGAAUACAAUGCUGUUCUUGAUACGGUAAACACCAGAAUGCGGCAAUCUUGCACCGCAAGACUGACACGCACAACAGAGCUGCAAAUAAAACUUAUCAUCGGAUAGUGUUCGACUAAAUUGGCCCAUUUUCGAGAACAUAAGGACCUUAAGAUCAGAGGACAACAACGGUGGCGAAAAUGUCGCUUAAAAAGUUAACUCACGCUCGCUAAAUCUUCAUCGCGAUUAUUCCAACUCACUUGGUCAAAAUGGACGAACUCUCCUGGCGUUGAAGUCCUGAGAAACAUAUCGAAGUUCAGGAAGGGAAAGAACAUUUCGUCGUCGCUUGUUUAUGACCUCCAGUCCAUACAACGUGAAAAUAUGCAUUUUUACGUCGUAGUCGUGCAAUGUCGGCAAAGAAAUGUACAAAAAACUAUGAUGCUUGUGUAAAACUUGUCGUCUGCAUAUUUAACUUAUUCGGUUUUGACGUUCUUGUUGCUGUCGCCUUCGUCGGAUUUUUAAACUCCCUGAAUCCUGCUUGCGAUCGGACACGAUGAACAGUCCAAUUAAAUACCCAAGGCCAUCAUGUUGUAGCUGAAGAUUUCCAUAAUUAUUAAAGAAAUUAAAAGUCAACUUAACUGUUGUCAAACAAAUUCUGGUUCGUCUGACAAAAAAUGGUCAUUUGGUCGGAUAUAAGGAAGAUUAUUUGCAGGCCUGCACAGGCAUCAUAGAAUUUUUAUCAUCUCCGGUAUCGUCAGGUUGUCGUUCAAGCCGCUGUAAGCCCCAGUCUCUAACAGUACACGAACUAGGAUUCCUGCCACUAAGCUAUACUGUUUUGGAAGGUUUUAAAGUAACUAAGUGAUUUUUUUUGUGGUUUUGCCUUUCAGAAAAAAAGUUUGAAUUCGAGACUGGAGGCUGACAACCAGAAACGAACACAGCUUGAAAGUGAAGUGAAAUUAAAUGCUCAAGAGAUAGCAGCACUGAGAACAACAGAGAAGCAGCUGGCAAAGGUAUGUCUAUCUCUGUACAGAAGAAGUUGAAUGGCUCGUAGGAAGUCACUUCAAUAACUUUGCACUAAUAACGUGACGUCUAACGUAGACUACGAGUAGUCCCCAAUUUUUCCUCAGGGAUAGUAGAGCGAGCGAAACGCGAGCGCGCGUGAAAAUGAACUCAUUCUCGCGUGGGGUGAUUUUCACGCGCGCUCGCGUUUCGCUCGCUCUACUAUCCCUGAGGAAAAAUGGGGGACUACUCGUACUCUACGUCUAACGUGUUGGACUUAAGAUCUGGAGGUAGCCUACCAGCAAGCUCUCCAUUUGGGGAUAACGAACACGCGCAACUUUGCACGCGAAUGGAGAUACGAGAGUGAGGGGCUUUGCUUGGCACCCCCGUAUCUUUGAGAUGUAUUCAGAUUCAGAUUCUCAUCUUGGGAUCAGAUUCACAUCCUGGAAUCCUGAGAAAAGAAGUUAUUAUAACAUUCUUCACACAAUGUUUCUGGCUAGCCGCUAUUGUACAGAAAUUAGGAGACGUAUUCCUCUCCCAAUCAAUCUCCAGUAGCCAAGUGCCACCUCAGUAAGUUAAUUUUUCAAAAAUACAGGGCAAUAUUUACUGACUAUUUUUUGAUUCUCCAGCAAGUAGAAGAACUGAUGGAUGAGCGAAAGCAGCUGGAAGAAGCCUGUGCAAAACUAAAAAGGUAUUUGUUUUCAAGACAAACUUUAGUAAUACACGCAUUUUUGUAAAGCACGCAUUUUCUUCGCCUAACACGUUAUUUAUUUCAGUGCAAGUGCUGUGGAUGACUUGCAGAUGAAGGAACUUCAAGAUCAACUAGAGGCAGAAACAUAUUUCUCGGUAAGACUUUUAUUGUCGUAAUUAACUUUUGACUUCUGAAGCAUUAGGUUUAUUGUCUUUACAUUUCAUCCUGAUUUUAUCUUUCCUUUAUAGACUUUAUACAAAACCCAAGUAAAGGAAUUGCGGGAAGAGAACGAUGAAAAGGGAAAACAGGCGCAAGAGUUGAGCAAUGAGAUUCGGCAGCUCAACGAAGAGAGGUGGGAGAUCCGUUCUUCUUUUUCCCUCCUAGAGUGGCAAAUUCAAGAAUUCAGAAUUUCAUUUGAAAAAUGCUGAAAACAGAGAAAGGGUACCAUAGAAAGUAGUGCUGAAGAGGUUUCAUUUGAAUGGUCACACCAUAGAUUUGGUUCACGGACUAAAACGCUAGAACUACUUACUAAAUCUAUAGUAUGAUGUAAAGGUACUGCAGAAGAGGUUGACAACGAAACAUAUCUUCUACAGACUCCGUAAUUGGAACUACAUGCUAAAAAAUAGUAUCCUGUCCANGCUGUGGAUGACUUGCAGAUGAAGGAACUUCAAGAUCAACUAGAGGCAGAAACAUAUUUCUCGGUAAGACUUUUAUUGUCGUAAUUAACUUUUGACUUCUGAAGCAUUAGGUUUAUUGUCUUUACAUUUCAUCCUGAUUUUAUCUUUCCUUUAUAGACUUUAUACAAAACCCAAGUAAAGGAAUUGCGGGAAGAGAACGAUGAAAAGGGAAAACAGGCGCAAGAGUUGAGCAAUGAGAUUCGGCAGCUCAACGAAGAGAGGUGGGAGAUCCGUUCUUCUUUUUCCCUCCUAGAGUGGCAAAUUCAAGAAUUCAGAAUUUCAUUUGAAAAAUGCUGAAAACAGAGAAAGGGUACCAUAGAAAGUAGUGCUGAAGAGGUUUCAUUUGAAUGGUCACACCAUAGAUUUGGUUCACGGACUAAAACGCUAGAACUACUUACUAAAUCUAUAGUAUGAUGUAAAGGUACUGCAGAAGAGGUUGACAACGAAACAUAUCUUCUACAGACUCCGUAAUUGGAACUACAUGCUAAAAAAUAGUAUCCUGUCCAAGCACUGUUGUAGAGGUGUGGUUUGAAUGGUCACAUCCGAUAGGAUUUCCUCCAUAGCCGCAAAAGUUGAACUGUAGGACAUGCCUUUUGCUAAGAGAACUUUUGUAUUGAUGGCGGUUAUUACUUGGUUUUUCAGGGAAUCACUUUCCGCCCAAUUGGAGUUGACAUUAACAAAAGCCCACUCAGAACAGUUGGCAAGAUCAAUUGCUGAGGAACAAGUAGGUGGUAUUAUCUACCGUCCCCUGUUCAAUUAGGUUUCUUGAUGUUCGAUUACUGGACUCACGUCCUAAGUCGGUUGACUAUGAUGGUAAUGAUGGGUAGGAGUGGUCGUGAAGUUAACUGUUUGUGAAGGUGACAAGGUCAUCGAAUGAUAUGAGCGCUUGAGGAAAAACAUGAUUGUUUCCUCAUUUGUUGACUCCAAAGAUCUAAAGCUAUUGUACAACUUAGACCCCGGUCAAGCAUCGAACUUCACAUGUGUCGAACCUAAUGCCGAUGAGCAAAAUCAAUUGUACCAACUCAUUCGCUUUAGAUUCGGCACAUGAGCGGGAAGUUUGAUAGUUGACCCGGGCCUUAGAAAAACCUUAACACCACACGGUUUGAUUGCGUUGCAAAGAAACAGCGAUCAGGUGUGAGAAAACUAAAGGGCAAGGGGUAACGGUAAUUAAUUUUUGGGAGCCUUGAGCUUCAUAGUGAUGGGCCCAUAGACAAACAGCAUUCCUGAAAUAUUUGAAAUAUUAAAGAGAUUGUUCAAAUUUUCACAAUUGAUUUCGUGAGAUAAUGUUGACCUUUAUACCACCAGUACGCAGAUCUGGAAAAGGAAAAGACCAUGAUUGAACUGGAGGUCAAGGAAUUGAUUGCGAGGCACAAGAGUGAUAUGUCAGAGAAAGGCGCACAGAUCACCCUGCAGGAGGAUCGUAACCAACAGCUAACAGAGUCCUUGGAUCAGAAAAUAGCGGAGAAAAAUGAAUUGAAUGCUAAGAUAAAGAACAUGCAGGAAGGUUGGUCAAGUGUAGUACACUAUGUAAUUAAUUUUCAAUCAAUCAACCUGUAGAGAGCUUAAGGAACAAUAGUAGUCUUUGUACGGUCCUCCAUACAAAGCCUACGAGUAGUCCCUCAUUUCCCUCAGGGAUAGUAGGGCGAGUUAAGUAGGCGAGCGCGCUUGAAACUCGUCAUCAACUAGCAAGAUGACACGUCGAGGGAAAAGACGAAAUGAAGGACUACACGCUGAUCCCAGGCAUUUGACUCUUUGCGUUGCUUUUACAACACAAACGUUUGAUUGGCUCUUCCUUGGCGACCUGUCAUGAGAUGUCUUAAACCCGCCAGUCACUUUCAACACUCGAGAUGAUUGGGGUUUAGUUUUGAUGAUCAUCAAAAUAGAGAAUCGCUGAAAUCAGAGUUUAGGCCUCAUAUUCUCUCUUACCCCGCGAGUCACCUCUCCAGCCGGUGGCGUUUUUUGUGCGCGUUUGCGUAUUUCGCUCGCCCUGCUAUUCCUGAGGAACUUGAUGGACUACUUGUUGUGUAACCAUGCAUGUUUUGAGAGAGUUUUAUUCUUCAGAUUACCUCUUCAGUUACGAAGAGCACAAAGAGCAUUGGUAUAGAUAACAGCAGUGCAAUUGUUUCAUUUUUUAAAGAUCAUCUUAUGUUUUUUUCCGUUUUUUUUUUCUAGAUCUCGAGAAAUCCAAGGACAUCAGCAAAGAAAUUGAUGGUGCUACGGAAAAGUUGAAAAAGCAGCUCGCUAUAGAAAAAACGAUGAAAAUCCAAGCUGUCAACAAACUGGCCGAGAUAAUGAACAGAAAAGACUUGGCGAGAGACAACAGUAAAAAGAGAAAGGCUACGUCAGACGACUUGAGGAAAAAGGAGAAAGAGUGUAGGAAAUUGCAUCAAGAACUAGGAGCA